CGACAUUCCGCUAGUUAUACCGAACAGCUUAAUGAUGGCGGACGGAACCAUCGCAUCGGCCGUCGCACUUCCCGAACAGGAAGAAAGUCCGGAUAGCAGUCUAAAGCGCCGCCAGUCCCCGGCUGAUGAUAAUAAGAACAAGCGUCGCCGGUUGAGCGAAAAUAACAACCAACCUGAAUCCGGGGAGAACAAACCGUCCUCCCUCGCAGCCACGACAUCUAAGACCAUCAACAAUGCCACAGACCAGAGGGAAUCCCGACGGAAAAAUGGUGCAGCAGAGGAGCGCAAGCGUGGUCAAAGAUUGUUUGGCGCGCUGCUGGGUACACUCUCACAGAGCUCACCUACAGCAGCACAGAAACGUCGCGCCGAUAUCGAGAAGAAACAGCAGGCAAAGCUCCGCACGCAAGAGGAAGAAUACAAUGAACUGACACGGAGGAAGCAAGAAGAUCUCUUGGCAAUGCGGAGGAAGCAACAGAGAAUUUAUGAUGCGCAAUCGAUGCGUCUUCGACACUCGAACCAGCUAGCUAUGGCCCAUUUCCUCAAAACAACAGCCGAACCGGUCCUCUACUAUAAGCCGUGGGAACUUCGACCCGAGGAGGAAAAUAGAAUUAAGAAGCAAAUCGAAGAUUGCAAAGUGGCCAUUGCAAGGGAGGUUGAGGAUUUUGAAGCUAAAAAUCCACCAUCGCCAUCCCGUCCUGUCCCAGAACGAGAUGAUGAUCAGGCAACCGCUGCAGAUGAAAUAAGCUCAGCCGCCCUUCCAGGGACUUACGCAAUUUCUGAUUCUCAGGACACAGUACAAAAGUUCGAUACGGUGGGUGCUGACACUAAUAGUAAUCACAACCCUCCUCAACAUGAGCAUAAGGCUGAGCCAACCACGACUACUGAAACUGAAUCCCUCAAACCUCCCCUUCCCUCCACUGCCCCGGCUACAUCUGAUCUUCCCACUGUUUCUGAUGCUACUAACGAAACCUCCACAUCUCCUUCUAAAACUCACAAUGACCACCCAUCCACAGCUGGUGCUAGCCACCAUCAGAAGUCAACUGAAGAUGAUUCUGGAGAAGUCAUACUUGAAGAUAAGGAGGAUACUGUUAUAUAUUAGAAUCAAUCUGCUUCGACUUUCUCCGGCAGCGUAUCCGUUCAAUCUUCAACUUUUCGCCUUGUUCCCCAUCCAGCCCCUUGUUUCUCCCUAAUUUCUCUCCUUCAGCUCGUCUCUACUCCCAUCAUCUGAUAAAAUGAGCAGCUUGGACCCCUCAAUUACACCCCUAUAUUCCCCAGUUGCGCCUCCGCCCCUUUCUGUUCCAAUUUACCUUUUUUUAUUUCCAGUCAUUAAACGCGCAGUGUUACGCCCAUUAUUUCUGCCCACCCAAGGAUACUUCCU